AUGACGCCGUUGGCGACGAAUCUAUACAGUGCGGUAAUGUCAAAGUAUGGGUUCGUUAUGGAGCCGCUUACCGGACCGACAUGUCUCACAGAGCUUCAGUUCUCUGUGCGAACAUAUGGCAUAUGUACCUUCCGGGUCAUGUACAUCACACGUGGCUCACUCAUCCUCGCCGACGCUAUCGUGCUCGUUUUAACAUGGAUUAAGACAUUUGGACACUGGAAGAGUGCCCGCCGACUCAGCAUGAGAGUUUCACUGACGAUGUGUCUGUUGCGCGAUGAAACUAUGUUUUUCAUGCGAGUGCGACUCAUUAGUCUCAUCGGAUAG